UUUCGUGGACAAAAUGAGUCUUCGCCAUGUAUAUGUUGAUCAAAGUUCGUUAUCGUUUCACGGUAUAUUGUGUAAUAAGUUCACGGUCGCUUUGACGAUUGGUAUCUGACAGAGAACAUCGAGUCCUUGAUUAUCUUGCUUGCUCACGAGUGAACCACUCACAAAGAGCAGUACAGCCUUUGUCCUCGUGGAAACUUCACAGGAAUGUCGCUCUCUCGGUCGUGCCUUCGCCGUUUUACUGUGCUUCUCUUCGUUUUUACUUUCUUACAUCUUACGCGGGCCAUCGUCGUACCUCAAACCUAUUCCGACGUGUACGAAAAGAAAAAUGAAUCAGGUCAUCGAAGAUUGAUCAUUGAAAGUAUGUUAGACGAAGAGAAUCAACGAGAAGAGUUUUUAACGUCGAUACCUUGCAUCAACAGUUUCUUGGAAAAGUACAUACACAGACCAGGCAGGAUUUCUUUCGUAGCAAUAGAUAACGAAGAAAGUAUCCAGAAUAUAGUUCAGUCGUUCGUGAGAAGUCUUCACAAUUAUUUCGCAAUCUUCAAACACACUGUAGACCUGGACUUCGAGGCACACGAAUCUGCCUUGAGCACGAUCGUCCUGAUGCAGAACGCUAACAGUCUCGAGGACAAUCAUUACAUACUCGAACCUUGCGAUCGCGCUUGUCCUUUUAUUACGAUAUUAAUAAGCUCGUUUCAAGACGAAGAAAGCUUCCUCGAGCACGCUGGCGUUGUAACGCAAUUGAUGUGGUCCCGAAGAAUCGCUACUGUCGUCAUCCUAGCAAAAGUUGGUGAUUCUGUUCUCGCUGCUGGUAGCCUCACUUUUCAACCCGGUAAAAUGUGCACCGUAUCUCCUCCAGUUAUCUUGGACAAAUGUGAAGACAAAUCUUGGAGUAAAUUGAAGAAAAUCAGUGCGCCGAAGACGAACGGUUGUAUUUUGAAGGUAGCCUACUUCGAACAGUCUCCAUAUGUGAUAGUUGGAAAUAAUUCAAAGCGUUUAUCGGGGUUCGAGGGAGCAUUGACAGAGGAAGCGUUAAGAGGCCAGGAAAUCGAGCGAGAAAAAGUCGCGUGGAACGAUAAUACUAGCUAUGCGGAACAGGUACAAAUGUACAUCUAUAACGAUAUUAACGCCGACUUCGUUAUUGGUCGUAUUCUACAGCAGUCUUACGAGGAUAUAGAUUACUCGAGCUCGUAUGACACGUCGAAAGUGGUGUGGCUAGUCCCAAAGGUUCCUAACGUGUCACUGAAAGGACUGGUUCAGCCAUUUCAGCAUUACGUCUGGGCAGCAGUAGGAGGAUCUAUAUUAUUGGGUUGCGUCGUCAAAAUCUUCUUAUUUCGUGAUCUCUCCUUUUUAGAUAUAUUUGCUCUGAUAAUUGGAGUCUCUACUGCGCGUCAGCCCACCAGACUUUCAACUAAAAUUCACUUCCUCGCGUGGUGCAUCUUCGGUUUAUUUCUCACGCAACUUUACGUGGAUUCUUUGGCCGACCAACUGAUCAAUAUGUCCGACUUGAAGUUCGAAACGAUGAAGGAGCUGAUCUCAUCGUCGUUUCAAAUCGGUGGGACAGCGGCAUUCGCGAGAUUGUUCGAAAUAUUUGACCAGGAUGAAAUUGUUAAAAGCGUACGAAAAAAAUUUGUGGUAUUUGAUCAAGAUGAGUACGUAAGGCAAUAUUAUGAUCUUUUGGACGGAACGAAUUCCUCUUUUGCGUUGGUCAUAGUGUUAAAUUCUUCGCGCAGUGGUGCUAUCGAGACGACACAGGCGUACACCAUAACCACAGAUGUGAUAUGCAGUUUUCCUCUGGCUUUGGCUACCUGGAAGGGAUCCCCGCAUUUGGAACACCUCAACGGAGAGAUCAACAAAUACAUCGAUUUUGGAAUAUUGGAUUUUCUGAUCCAGAUUGCUUUAGAAAAGAACUUGCGCGCUAUGUCAUCGCAAACUGCACAGGACGAAGAAUACAAAACAGAACUUCACUUGCAGCAAUUCGUUCCAGCAUUUUUAUUAGUCGCUAUUGGGUUCUCCAGUGGUUUCUUAUUCAUCAUUCUCGAAGUCGUGCUCUAUCCUUCUAAGCUUCUUCAAUAAUCUUGGAAGAUGCGAGAAAAGAAGUUUCGACAGUUUGGAAUCUCAAUUAUAUAUUUAUCGAUAAACGUACAUUUGACAUGGGAAAUUGUGAAAUCGAAGAAUCGAGCACUAGUCAAAUUGUCAUCGAUCGCAAAAAGUGUCGAGUGGGUGGAUAUCGUUCGCCCGUGGAUUAUCGGCUUUCGCUUUUUAAAUUAUAGAUGGAUAUUGGGCUGCGGUUGGAUGGACGCGCAAAUUAGAUAUAAUCCUCUUGCUGAAUCUAUCAAAAUAGACAAUUUACGUCAUAGAUUUAUGUCUUAGCUUUAAUCGUGCAAUACGUAGACGUCAUAAGCGGUUAGUGUUUUUCAAUCCUUUUUAAGUUGCGACACCCUUUCAUGAUAAUUAAAUAUCCUCUCUCUCUCUCUCCUAUCUAAGAAAAGCAUUUUUAUGAUUAAUUUUACAUCUACAGUGUAGUCAUAUUAUACGUUUGACAGUGUGGCCUAGUAAUUGCACAAAUUGUAAUUGCAGAAAAAGAUGUGGAACGCAUUAUUUUGUUAGAUUCGAUAGUUAUGGUGUUAAAAUAUACAAUUUAAUGUCAAACUUUUGUGCGUAUGUUUGUAUUUUGAAAUAAUCUUCGAUAAUAAAGGUUUGAAGUUUCCGUUUAAUUCCUACUUGCACGAAGUUUCAGUUUUCUUGCGAUCUCUUCGAAGAAUAGCAAAGGAAGGAGAUUUCCCCGAAGAAUGUGUCAAUACUAAACUUCAUACCUUAUCCAACUCCGAAAAUAAUUCUCGUACAGACAUGUCGUUCAUUCAUGAUCGGAUCGAAUCAUUCUUUUCGUAAUCAGAGGAGAGUUAAUGGUCCUAACAGGAGACAAGCUGUCGCGUAUCGUAAGGAGAAUUUCUUCGAUCGAUUAGCUACAAUUUAUAUGGAUAAAGGCGGAUCAUAAAGAUCUCAAAUGACGAUUGAACGUAUUACGUUCUUAGUUGGUGGUAUUUCAGGCAAAAUCCGCGAGGGGGUAACGUAAUUACCGUAUUAUUCUCAACGAUCCACGCGGAAUUUCAAGCUCUUAGUUUUAAUUUUACAGGCUAUAAAGUUUGGCUAUUUCGUUGGAUUAUGCUAUCGAUUGUAUAAUAUGUAGUUAAAGUUAUAUUGCAUCAUAUUUUUAUACCAUCAAUUUUGUGCAUCAAUUCCAUUCCAGCUAAUGUCAUUCUCGAAUUCUUAUUACUAGUAGAAUGUUGUGAUAACCUAGAAUUGAAAGCUGUUUUCAUUUGAGAAAUGUAUUGGAAUAUUCGAUCUGUUUUUAUAUAGCGUUCUAU